GCCAUGGGAAUUACAACAGGUGCCAAAUUUCAGGUCGCCAACCGUGGAACUGCAGCAUAUCCAUUGAUGUGUUUAAGAUCACAAGUAAAUAACCCCUUCAGCAUUUUCUACCGAGGAAACCCGGUCAAGUUAUCUUUCAAUGUCAUCCUUGUUUCUUUAAUCUUGACCAUUCUCAUCUCCCAAACCCUCCAUUUUCUUCUCAAGCCUUUCAAACAGUGUAGGUUCGUUUCUCAGUUACUAGGCGGCAUUAUCCUUGGACCCUCUCUCAUGGCGCGAAGCCCGAUGUUUGUGAGCAUGGUGUUUCCUCUUACAUCCGACUUCUUGCUGAAAAACGUGGGAAUAAUGGGGUUGAUGCUAUUUCUUUUCGUAAGUGGAGUGAAAAUGGAUAUGGGCUUGUUAAAAAGAUCGGGAAAAAAACAAUUAUGUAUUGCCCUCCCAAGCGUUUUGGUGCCACUUAUAGUAGCGAGCAUCGUAGGAUUUAGCACUCGAAAAUCGAUGGACAAAAACCUACAAAAAGUUGCUUCCAUUGAAGCAAUUGCCUUGUCUCUUUCGGUGACAGCAUUUCCCAUCCACUAUACAGUACUUGAAGAAUUAAACCUUCUUAGCUCCGAGGUUGGGAAUAUGGCAAUGUCAACAACAAUAAUUAGCGACACCAUUGCGCUAAAUUUUAUGGUGGCUUUUGAGGCAAUGAAACAAAAUGAAGUAUCGCUUCAUAAUGCCAUCUUGUAUAUGAUAUCCUCGGUCGUUUUUACAGCAUUCUUGGCCAUUGUUGUCCGACGAUUAAUGUUGUGGAUUAUCCAAAACACUCCAGAUGAAGAACCAGUUGAUCAAUUUUACGUGAUUUCCAUCUUCUUAUCGGCAUUCGUGUUGGGGUUUCUUACAGACAUGAUCGGCCUAGCCAUUUGUAUCGGCUCCUUUUGGCUAGGAAUGGUGGUUCCAGACGGACCGCCGCUAGGGGCAACCUUGGUGGAGAAAAGCGAGACAAUUAUAAUGGAAAUAAUUUUGCCUUGUUCAUUCACGUACAUCGGAUUCUCCACUGAUUUUUAUGCAAUGAAGGAAGCCAGCUGGUCUGCCUUGAGCCCUCUGUUUGGCUUGGUUAUUUCAGGUUACUUGUCCAAAUUCCUCUCCACUUUGUUGGCUGCCAAGAUGGUAGGUUUGUCAUGGAGAGAUAGUCUUGCUAUGGGACUUGUUUUGUGUAUGAGGGGUCAUGCGGAGCUUAUUCUAUACGUUCAUUGGGUGGACAAACAUAUAAUCGGGGUGCCAGGUUUCUCAAUGUUGGUGUUCGGGAACGCAAUUCUAAUGGGAAUCCAUGCACCUUUGAUCAGUAUUUUGUAUGAUCCCUCGAAGCCUUACAUGGUAAACCAGAGCAGGACCGUUCAACAUACAGCUCCGAGUGACCGUCUUAAGAUAUUAGUAUGCAUUAAGGACAAAAGGCAUUUGCCAAGCCUUGUUAACCUUCUCCAAGUCUCUUAUCCCACUGUUCGAAACCCAUUCUCCAUUAAAGUCUUCCACCUCGUGGAGCUCAUCGGCCGAGCUAACCCUCUGUUCAUAGACCACCAAAACCAGGAACUUGAAGAGCUUGUCACCAGGUUCCCGGACUGGGAAACAAUCCGCCAUUCUCUAAAGUUAUAUCAGGAAGGGAAAGAAGAUUACGUAGAUCUCCAAUUUUUCUCUGCUUUAACAGCGAAAGUAACAAUGUAUCAGGAUGUGUGCAAGCUGGCUUUGAUAAGCAAGUCCGUUAUCAUCAUAUUACCUUUAGAGAAGAAAUGCGACGGAGAGAUUGCGACCACGACGCAGUGGGGUGGUGGGAAUCGGUUAGUGCUCAACCAAGUGUUGGAGAACGCACCUUGCUCUGUUGGGCUUCUUGUUGAAAAGUCCGAGCGAUGGCAACUCCCCCAAAAACCUUGCUGCAGCUUCAUUGUGUUAUUCCUUGGAGGACCGGAUUCUAGAGAAGCUCUAUCUUAUUCAACCAGGGUUGCCAGGAACCCUAGUGUGUCCUUAACAGUAAUAAGGUUUCUUUCAUCAAACGGUGAAGGAGACAAUGAAAUGCAAAAGAAGAUGGAUGAUAACUUGAUGACAACAUUCUGGGUACAGAACGAAAGAAACGAGCGAGUGAGUUACAGAGAGGUGGUGGUAAGAGAUGGAGCAGAAACAGCUGCAGCAAUAUUGGAAAUGGCAAAAGAGAAAUAUUAUGAUAUGUGGAUCUUGGGGAGGAAACAAGAGAUAAAUCCCAGUCUGUUGGAGGGAUUAUCAACAUGGACAGAGAAUCAAGAGGAGAUUGGGAUAAUUGGGGAUUAUGUAUCAUCUUCUGAGAGUGUUAAUGCAGAUUCUGUGUUGGUUGUUCAACAGCAAGUUAUGAGAGGCAAAGGACCCAACGGUACCGCUGGUAUUGCUACUACUGAAACUACAGAAACUUUUAUGCGGCACUGGAACUUGUUUCGAUGA